AUGGAAUAUCCUCAAAUUUCAUCCAUGCAUAACAUUCAGGCGCUGUCCGCUUUGCUUUCAACUCAAGAAGAGGAGGAUGAUGAUUAUGAAUAUGCGUCACCUUAUUCCAAGAUGGGCCCCGGACACAUAGGCCCGCCGCCUAAAAGAGAGAAAGAAGAGUCGUUGACAUAUGCAAAAACCAACAGCAAAGACGUGUGGUGCGAGGAGGAGGUCGCUGAGGGCCCUCAAUACGAUGAUUUCACUGACCCGAGGCCAAAGCCUGAAUAUGAAAUCAUUCUAAAGCAAAGUGUCGGCACAGAGGAUCUCUUUUUGGGCCUAAGCAGAAAAGACCCCUCGUCCAUGUGCUGUGAAGCAAUGCUGGUGAAGAUCAAACUCCCUGACAGCAAAGCAUCGGAUGUGACUCUGGACGUGAAAGAAAAGUUCCUUGAUCUUCGGACACCAAAAUAUAGACUGGCUCUCCACCUCCCGCACCCGGUCCACCACCAGGAGGGCAAGGCUCAGUUUUUCAGUGAGAGGGAAGAGCUAGAGGUGACGCUGGUCAUGAAUCGACCUCUUGAUGCUGUCAACAUGCAGUAA